AUCUAAAUGACUUGGGCUAUAGGAAUAUAUCAGCCGAGCAACUCCGUGAAUUUCUGAAAGCUAAUUUGCGCCAGAAGGUAUGCAACCGCAGUCGGACAAACAAAGCGCCAGCAGACUCGCAACAACAACAACUAGCCACACCACAGCAGCAGCAGCAACAUCAACAUCAGCAGCAGCACAAGCAGCCACUCCUCCAAAAGUAAAGGUCAUCAAGAGCAAACGUCCAUUGUGCCACUUUAAGUUCUACUUGGACAUCUGCGAUCAUCAGCUAGCCAAGCGAAUUGAGACCGAUAUCAAGGCUCUGGGCGGACAUCUCGAGUUCUUUCUGAGCGAUAGCAUCACCCACUUUAUCACCGAUAAGCCUGAAGUUAGUGCUGCAACAGGCAGAACACCCGGCACACCAGGAACACCAAGCACACCCACAAGCCAUUACCAACAGGAUGAUGGUUUGGCAAGAAAACCGAAUCAAAGGCAAUCGCGAGCGGAUGCUAUUCUAAGUCGUGUGCGAAGGAGCACGGUAGGGGUGGUGGCGCACACUAGCAGCAAUAGCACUCCCACGACAUCUGUGAAGAGAAGCUAUACCAUCUGGCAAACGGAUUACGCACAGCGUUUUAUCAAGCGCAUUCAAACAGAGCUAAAGCAAUACCUAGAGGGUAAGAAGGAAAGUGGAGGAGGAGCCGCCACAGCUAGCCCCCAUCACAUUCAGCUAAAGAAGCAAUAUGUGAAGAUUGAAUCUGUCAAGCGUAAUUAUAGACCUUACUAUCAUCUUAUUAAGCAGCCAGACGACUGGCCAAAGAUUGACUUAAGCAGCGAGGACGGCGCCUUCCGACUGCUAACCAAAUCCAAGACCAAGGAGAAGGAUCGGAGCAUGACCCGCAGGUCUUUGGGUUCACGCACAUCGCAAAAAGAAAAACCACCAGCAGCGGCCCAGGAGGAAAAGCAACUUCCCAAGCAUCCGGCUGUGCAGCAACUCAAAAAACAGUCUGCCAUCCCAAAUAGUCCGCGAUCUAAUUUCCGUGAGCCCAAGGAUUCGAGUGAGAAACAAGGAGGAGUGUGUGAAAUCUGCAAAUUGGAAUACGAUAUCCUAAAUAUCCACCUGCAGAGUAAGGAUCACGAGCUGUUUGCCAAGAAUUCUGAGAAUUUCCUGGCCCUAGAUACUCUUAUACUUAGUUCAGCGAAUGUGAAUAAGUUUCUGGCGGAGGAGCCCGAAGAGAGUGAACUGGAAAUGGAUGUGGAUGAAACGUUAAGUAAUGAGGAGCAGCAGCAGAGUCCCCGCCAGAGGCCAUCGCCAGCACUGCGUGAGAAAUCGAAGCGAAUAACCAAGGGCAAGCAUUCUUCAGAGAAGUUCCAAGCAGCCUCACCACAGACACCUUCUCCCGGAGGCAAGAAGGCUUCAGGAAAUCUACCUGGUAGCUUGUCGGAGCUGCAGCGCCAGGAGCAUCCAACCACGGCAGCCGCAACGCCAACGACAACGAAUUUCGGUCGUAAGAAAACUACACAGAACUCUGGCUUAUCACCGCCCAUUAGGGCUAUGCUGCCGCCUUCAUCCCUCUACAAGGUGGUGGAAACCAGGGAGGAAUGUGCCACGCCACCGAGAAGAGGCAGACCUCCCAACCAAGUGGAUUCACCAUCGCUGAUUGUUAAGUUUCAAAAGAUCCGCCAAACUGAGUUGCAACGGCUCAACGGUGAGGCGGAGAACUUUAUGUUCCCCAGAACAGCGGUGUCAGCAACCACAACGAGGAGCAGCAGUGAACUACCCACAGAUGUAGAUCGUCAGACCACCUCAGAUGUCAGGGGCCGGUACAGCAUCUCCUCCGCCAGCUUGGACACAAGCACGAGCGAAGCUGAAACUAAAGAAUCCUCGGGACUAUUACCAGCCUCGAAUCUUCGCAAGCGAGCUCAGGCUGUGGGCAGGAGAAGAAAGGUUGCAGGAGCACCAGCGGGUCAGAAUCUACUCCAGCGUCAAUUGUCCACCGGAAGCAGUAGCAGCAAUAGCAACAAUCAGCAGCGCUUUCCAAGCGCCCCCAUCCAGCCAGAAGAACAAGAGUCGCAGCCGCAACCACAGUCACAGCCGAAGCUAAAGAUUAAGUUGAAGCAGGCCCAAGUAGUGGCGGCCACCAGGAAGAGUAGUCGCACAGCUACGGCCAUUGUAACAGCGGCCACCGCCAGCAGUCGUCAGCAGCAGCAGCUGAGGCAGACAACUGGAGGCCGGCGGAUGACCAGUAAUCUGGAGGAUCGGAUGGGGGAAUCAGCAAAGACAAAGAUCAAAAUCAAGAAGGAAAUUAUACCGCAGGAAGAGAAUGAGGAGGAAUUGCAAGAACUGGAUGUACUACUGGAGAAUGGUGAUUCCGAGGAGGAAAUGGAGCUGGAACUAGAGAGCAGCGUGUCGUCGGGCAGUGACGAGGAUUACAUAGCUGGCAAUCAGAGUAAAACAACCAAAGCUGGCAGCAGCACUCGCAUAUCCACGGAUACACGAGAACAAAGAGCAGCUCGUCGACUAUCCCGUUUAACUAUCAAUCGUAGUGCCGGAGAAAUUGAGCUAACUGCCGAAACCAAAUCAUCGCCGACGAGAAGGAGCCGCGGUAAGAGCCAGAAGCCCUCGAGUCCCACGAAAAACAACAGCAAAAGUAAGCAACCCAAGGCAGUGCCGCAGUCCGUAGAUUUGAUUUUUGAUUGCAGUAAAAGCGAGAGACUACAACAAAUGCAAUAUACCUUCGAGUCGCUGCCCAGUGCUGAGCUGUGGAAUAGAGUAUUCUUACGGCAGGAUGCAGGGGAAGAGCACUAUUACACCUACUAUGGCAGCACGCGAUACAGAAAGCUGCCCUACGAAAUGGGUCCCAUACCCAUGGCCAAAACAUUGCCAGCUCACAGUUGUGCCUUGUGCCGCAGCGAGCAAAAGGAUAGUGAACAGAAGGAGCAGCCCCAGGAUGAUUUGGCGAUAAAACCUGUAGCGAAAAAAGAAAUAAAAGAAGAGGAAGCCGCACAAUCCUCCUCUUCGUCCUCAAUGUACAAGCACAAAAAGCUGCAUCUCCUUCAGCGUUACCAGCAGGAGCAGGAACAACUGCAGCAGCAGCUAGAGGGAUCUGCCCUCGUUGCCACAGCCAUAGCCGCCAAAUGUGAUAGCAAGGCCAGCACACCGGAACUCCUGGAAAGGGAGUUUGCAUCGGGAUCUCUUGGUGAUCGAGUGCAGCUUAUAGAGCGAGUUAGGAGCACCUCCAGUUCCAGUUGUAGCAAUAGCCAAAGGAGUGGCAUCACUUGCCGAAAUAAGCAGAUAUCAAGGAUUACCGAGUUGCCUCCGAGGAAAUCGCCCCGAGAGCAUGCUUCUACCCUGGCAUUGGUCAGUUGCAUCAUCCGUCAACGGCAGGAUUCGCAGAGCAAAACGAACUCCGAGGCGGAGGAGCCACCGCCUCCAGUGGUUGCUGCACCGAAGCUGAGAACCCCGCUGAAACAGGAACCCGUGGUGGCGCCUUCAUCACCACGAACUACCCGUUCCCAAGCUGCCACACCGGUUGAGGAGCUACGCUUUGCCACCGAGAUUAGUGAGACUGUCAAGAGAAUGAGGCGAGGCCAAAACAAAUACGAUCAUUCCCCGCCAGCUCCAGUUCCAGCGCCAAAUCCUACGCCCACGGCAGCUUCUUCGCCCGCUCGGAGUCGUCGGCUGACUCCUGCUGUAACACAAACCCUUGUUCCGAGCUACUCCCGCCGCUUGGAAUUUUCCACAAGUCAACGAGAAGCAGCCAAGGUAUUUUUGGGCAAGGGCAAGGGUAAGAGAAGAAUUGCUAAUCCGCCGGCAGCUGGAACAGUACGUCCCCCAGCACCACAACAACCCGGAAUGGGAGGAGUCUUUCGAGGUGUUCGCAAACUGCCGAGCAAAAAGGGAUUGCUGGAAUACGAGAUGGAACCCUGUGCUCUUAAGGCCUUGGACAAAGCCAUGCAGUAUAGCAAUCCGGGUUUCGCUGCCUGGCAACUAGACAAAUAUCUGGAACUCGCUGGCAAGGAGUACGAUCUGGAUGUUGAAGAACGGCUGCCAGUGCCAGAGCCGGUGACUGAAGAGAGAAGAGAACAGCAGCCAACCAAUUCCCCGCAGACGCCACCACCAUCAGACUGCUGCUUUACUAGCGAGUUUGAUCUUUACGAUCUGCUCUUGGGCAGCGGUGGAAGUGGCGACGAUGAAGAAGACUUGGCCCGAGGAAACCUACCACCAGGAGGCACGAGUCGUCGGAUGAGUAGCCAGAAUUUGUAUGCUACCUAUUAUAGGAAGAGGAAAAACCUAAAGUCAAAUCGAACUGGUUGGCCGAAAUCUCAAAGAAGACGCAAUGGAGGCGGAGUACUGGGUCGAUCCAUGCCAAAUGAGCGAAUUAAUUUCCUUAAAAUGGGUCUUGCGGAGUUUAAUCCAAUAAAGCAAGAACCGAUGGAAACGGAAGAAGAGCAGACCACAAGAACUACUACCACCUCGGCAUCGAGAGAAAAGCUGCUAAGCAAGGAAGAUGAAGACGAUGAAGGUGGUGGUGGAAAUACGGGUGGUGGCGGCGUGGAUAAGGAUGAUGGUGCAUCCCCAUCCGGCGAUAAGCAGAAUCCCCGUCAAGAUGUAGCAAUGACUCCGCCAGCAACUGAUGUAGAUGAGCUUGCCGAACCGCCGGAUGCCGAUGACAACGAAAGCUUGCCCGAGGAAGAUGAAACCAUGGCGGAUUCGGUUGAUCAGCAGCAGGAUGAUGAGGCGGAAAUUGAGGCCACCGAUGCGGAUGUCGAAGAGGAAGAAGAGGAGGAUGACGACGAGGAGGAGGAGGAUGUCUUUGAAGAUGCCUACGAUGAGCCUCAGGUUGGAAUAAAGAAGAAAGAGGAGCCGUCACCGGAGAAGCGGGGACGAAUACCAUCUAUAUCCGUGUCGACGCCACCUGAAGAGCACUCCACGCCCGGCAAGAAGCUUCUCCUUACCCUGCACAAUGGUCAAAGGCUGCAGGCAACCUCGACGCCUAGUUCUGGUCAAGUCCAACAGCAGCAGAGAAGAACACCGCAACUGAAUGGAAGUCUUGGCAGCUGCAUUUCUCCCAGUGAAAAGCUGGGAGAUAAUUCGGACAUCUUUACCGUUUCGUCGGAUGGUUUGGACACGGAUCUGGAUCUGAGCAACACCCAGGCGGGCGAUUCCCACGAUCAGCAUUGUCCACACCAAACGAAUGCGACAACGCCAAAGAGGAAGUUCGACAUCUCCAAGUAUGCGCCACCGAAUAAUGGCAAGGCGGCGAGUAGCUGUGCCGCAGAAGCUGCUACGGCUGCUGUCAAAUCGUUGGCCAUCUCGCAGUUCCUCAAGAAGGAGGUGCGUGUCACCUGUCGUCGGCUGAGGGCACCGUUCCGACGCUUUCGAUACCGCCGCUGAGCACCACCUGUAGUAUCAUCAUCAUCAUCAAGAAACGCAUCAUUCAGCACCAAUCACGUUUAGCUUUUAGUGUGUGUACAGAGACAUUGAGGAAUAUACAUAUAUGUUUCAGUUUUUAGGUAUUUUUAGGCCACAAAUUCCCUCCAGAUAUCAGAAAAAGAAAAGGAUUUCAAAAUUCAGACCCAUUCCCAAUUCAAUUUCUGGUUAAAUUUGAUGGAAUUGAAAUAGAUGAAUCCAACUAUUUUCAGGUUUUUUAAAUGCUUUAAGGGUUUUAUUUUUGUAGAUUUAUAUUUUUUAACCACUGCCAAGAAUUUGAAAGCAAAAUGCUUGGAAUUCUUCAAAAGAUGUAUAGUCGGAAGUUCAUUUCUUUUUUGCCGAAAGUAUUUAGAGAUAUAUUCGAUUCAAAAACCAGAAGUUUUAGGAACCUGAAAAAUAUUGCAAUUGUCAUCAAUUACAUCAAAUUUAACUGAACAAUUGAAAUGUGAGGACACAAAUCCCAUUAUCCAUCAACUAAAUGUAGCUAAUUUUAAAAUGGCACACAACUACACACAAGAAAUACGUACAUAAGCCUUAGUUUAAUCUUAGUUUAGCUCAAAUUCCCUAUGCUCCAUAAACAGUACCCCUUCUCUCAUCAAAUCAAUUCGGACUAUUCCAAAAAUCUC